AUGGCGGCAACCCUCGACGAUGAAGACCUCUCCAUAUCCCUCCCGUCCUAUGAAACCGAGCACCGUUCCCCUUCCCGCAAUACCCGAGUCCAUUCCGCCAUCCCGCCAUCCUCCUCCCGGUCCCGACCCACCUACACUGAUCAAUCCCCCGGCACCGCCAGGGACAUGCAGCGCCUGGACCAGUACACUUCCGUGAAGAUACUAGGCGAGGGGUCGUUUGGCAAAGUCAAGCUGGCUGUCCACCAGGCAAGCGGGAGGCAGGUGGCGUUGAAGAUUAUACCGAGACGGAAGCUAUUGUCGCGGGAUAUGGUUGGGCGGGUUGAUCGGGAAAUACAGUAUUUGCAGCUCUUGCGGCAUCCACAUAUUAUAAAGCUAUAUACUGUGAUAGCCACAAAAAUCGAUAUUGUGAUGGUGCUCGAAUAUGCAGAGCGGGAACUAUUUGACUACCUAGUGAAACGUGGGCGGUGCAAUGACGAGGAGGCACGCAAGUUCUUCCAACAAAUAAUCUGCGCUGUCGAAUACUGCCAUCGGCACAAGAUCGUGCAUCGGGACCUAAAGCCGGAGAACCUGCUCAUCGACAAAGACAAGAAUGUCAAAAUUGCCGAUUUCGGGCUGAGCAAUAUCAUGACGGACGGAAACUUUUUGAAGACGAGCUGCGGGAGUCCAAACUACGCUGCUCCCGAAGUUAUAUCAGGCAAACUGUAUGCGGGGCCGGAGGUGGAUGUCUGGAGCUGUGGUGUUAUUCUCUAUGUGUUGCUCGUGGGCAAGCUCCCGUUUGACGACGACUACAUUCCCGCGCUGUUCAAGAAAAUUGCUGCAGGAAAUUUCCACAUGCCUUCUUACAUCUCGACUGGUGCUGCACGGUUGAUACGUGCCAUGUUACAAGUGCAUCCGGUCCAAAGAAUUACCAUUCCAGAAAUCCGUCAAGAUCCCUGGUUUCUCAAGAACCUCCCCAGAUAUCUUCAACCCCCCGCGGAGGAGUGGGUUGGCACAGGAGCAAAUCCCAACAGCACUUUCGACCCCCGCAGGAUAGCGCCAGGACGAACCAUUGCUGUGCAGGAGAAAAUCCAGCAGAUUGCGAUUAGCAAGCUUCAGAAGAGAAUGGGUGUUGACAGAGAGGACAUAUACGAUGCGUUGAAAAAGCCGGAGCCCAGUGUAAUCAAGGACGCUUUCUUCAUCGUGGUGGAAAAUGAGAUGAUGCAAACAAAUUCUCCUACCGACUCUGAAGAAUUAUCCACGGGCUCCCCCGUUGCUACAGAUACAGCGCCUACUCCUGGUGGUACAUCAACCCGCAGAGCCAAAAGCACACCUGCCACACCUCUUGCUCUCCAUCGAUCCCAAGCAUCUUCCUCGACGGUUGACGCAUCAACACCUACACCAGCAUUCACUAUGAAUGAGGUCGAAGAGGAGCGUGUGAGCCAUGUACGAAUCCUACCGACAAGCCUACCAUACGUCCACGAUCAAAUAAUGGCCCAACGCGAGAGGGAGCGACAUUCCCGCGACAGCGGAGAGUCCAUGGAGGAUUCGCGAGGGCGACCCCAGUUUCAAGACAACAGCACUGAGUGCGACCCUGACAACCACAAGGAGAGAUCACCAGAAGAGCAAGCUGCAACGGUACGAGCUCUCAAGCCUCAUGCGCGCAGCAUUGUUGAUCUGGAGAAGCUCAGUUUGGAGCCACCGGAAAGUCUGGAGAAAAUACCUUCGCAACCGAAGAGAUCGCGCAAGUGGCAGUUUGGCAUUCGAUCGCGGAACCAGCCGUAUGAAGCUAUGCUUUGUCUAUACAAGGCUAUCAAAGGGCAGGGUGGGGUUUGGGAAAUCCAGCCCGCCGAAGCAGACGGCGACCACGACCACGACCACGACCACGACCACGACCACGACCACGACCACGACCACAACCACAACCACGAUCACGAUCACGAUCACGAUCACGACCACGACCAAGGCCAAGAGAAGGCCCCCGAAAUGUCCUCAGACAUCCCAAAACCCUUGCAAAAAAAGUACCCCAAUCUCCCAGCAGACUACUACAUCCCGAAAGACCUCUGGUUCAUCCGCGCCCGCCUGCUGAAAGAAGGCGUCCUCAGCCCCGGCCUCUCAAGCAGCGCCCAUUUCAGCAGCAGCGAUCUAGAAGAGUAUAACCGACGGAUAAACGCAAUGAUAAACCCAGAAGAGAAAGCCGCCGCCAUGGGCCGCAGCAACUCAUCAGUCGACAACACAAGCACGACGACGGGCCCCGCAUCCACAGCAAACUCCACAGCGGAAGCCGCGGGGUCCUCCUCCUCCUCCUCGUCGUCGUCGUCAGUAGCACCGGCAGGUUCAGACCCCAACCCGCUGGCCUACGGUGUCUGGGUGUUCAUCGAUAUACAGCUAUAUCAGCUCGAGGCGAACAAUUUCAUGGUCGAUUUUAAGUGCGAUGGGUACCAGAAUGUGAUACGUGUUGAGAAUGAGGAUGGUGGUGCUGCUGGUGGUGCUGCUGGUGGUGGUGGUGGUGGUGAGUGGAAGCCUACCAGCAAGCGGAUUCGGAAUCGGGAGAAGGAGGUUACGAGUCCCUAUCCGUUCCUGGAUGUUGCGUCGGACCUUGUUGCACAGUUGGCUGUUGCGAGUUGA